CUCUUCCUCCUCCCCCUCCCCUGCCUGCCAUUCCCCCGUCCUCCUCCUCCCCCGACGCCGACGCCGACGCCAGCCAGCCGCCGAUCCGGCGCGAAAUUGAGAGGCAGAGCCACCGGAGAUCCACGGGGGCCGUGGAGGGAGCCGAACACCGACGUCCGGCGCCAUGAACGCGAGGGGCUACCGAAGCACCAGAACUGCUCUCUUUGAUGGCAUUGAAGAAGGUGGAAUCCGAGCAUCAGCUUAUUCUUCACAUGAGAUAGAUGAACAUGAGAAUGAGCGAGCUAUGGAUGGAUUGCAAGAUCGAGUCAGCAUUCUCAAGAGGAUAUCAGGUGAUAUAAAUGAAGAGGUGGAGGCUCAUAACCGGAUGCUGGACAGAAUGGGUAAUGACAUGGAUUCAUCAAGGGGGUUUCUCUCUGGAACAGUGGACAAAUUCAAGACGGUGUUCGAGACCAAGUCGAGCAGGAGGAUGGGGACACUCGUGGCGUCAUUCGUCGCGCUCUUCAUGCUAGUGUACUACCUGACCAGGUAGAAGGGUCCUUGGGUUGCAUCCUCUUCCUACCUCAGGCUAUGUGUGGAGUGGGGGUGCCCGAGAACAUGCUGAAAAUGGUUGCGCCGGUCGAUCUACAUGUCGUAUGUACUUAAUCUGUCAAAAGUAUGUCGAUCCGAGUGUCGCUAGUUUGCACCGUGUGUGGAUUACAGCCCUUUCCUUCUUUUUUUGCUCUGGUGAUGUGUAAGUAAUUACAGAAUAUGGAGUCAACUCUUUGCCUGUUUGCACUGUCAUGCUACAUGUAUGAUAACUACUACUAGUAGUAUACUUUGGAAUGCUUGCUACUACAA